UUUGAAGAAUUUCAUAUAAAAGAGAUUUUAAUUCAUCAAAUCAUUUAUAACGCAAAAACUAUUUGCUAAAAACAGUCAAAAUACCAACUCGCCAUGAAAUUACAAAUCAUUCUAUUUGUUUUAGUUGCGAUGGCUUUGAGCGCAUUAACAGAAAAGAGUACAGGCCGACGUUCAAAUAUUAGAUUAGUACAACUGUUGCGGAACCAAAAGGACUCACCUUCGAAGGCUAGGUUUUUACAUAAGAAACAGCAGGCUGCCCCUGCCCAACCAACUAUUCUUGUAGUACAACCGGGGUACACCACGUCAACAGGUUCUUCACCAGUAAGUUAUUCGUAUUCUGUAACCACUGACGGUACGCAAACAAUCAGUCCUGCCUCUAGAAAACUAGCAGAACAAAAUGAAUCAUUUAAUGACGAUGAUGAUGAUAAAAUUUGGAAUCAAAAUGAAGAAGAAGCUGAAGUUGAAGCUGACGCUGGCAAAGACGAAGAAGACAAUGAUCAAACUUCACCAAAACACCAAAAACAAAAGAAAAAUUUGAAACUUCAAAAGAUUAAUGUAAGGGAUCAAGACUAUAAGUUUGUCAUUCCUGAAAAGUAUAUGCGUAGCAUUAAAAAAAAUGCACAUGCAAGCAGAUCUUCAAAUUUUAACAACGGUGUCAAUAAGUUAAGGUUACUUCGAAACAAUGACAAAGGUCAUAUCAAAAGAAAAUUGUCAUCCAAUUAAUUUCACAGGAUUAAAAAAUGUGUU